AGUAUUUUUAUAGCUUUGAGAUAAAUUAAAUCAUGCCUCCUAUUUUUCUUUGGAUCUAAGUUUUUUUUAGAUCAUCAAGAGGGUAUUCUUCCACAUAGUAAUGAUAAAGCUCCUUUUCACUUGCAAUCAUGCCGUAUCUACAAUUUUGAUCCCUUCAUCAGACUUGAGCUUCACUGUCUUCAUCAAACCACCUCUCUUCAAGUUAAUUUUACUCACUCGAGGAACAUCUCAGUUAGUGCUAAUUCAGGUGAGUACUGAUAAAGGAAAACGCUCUUUCAAAAGAGCUCUUCCUGAAAUAGCUUUGUACUCUUGCUAGUGUGAGUGGAGGCAUUAUCAACUAUUAGUAUUAUUGUUCGGCUCAUAUAGUCUACCUGAUUUGUCUAAAAAUCAGAAAGUCCUAUCAAAAACUAUUGGAAUCGGUUUGAGUUAAUGGUCUGAGGAAAAGUCUAACAUAUAUUCACCUUUCAAAGGAAUAGCUGGAAUAAUUAAUAGAGAGCCUCUAAAUACCUCAUUAUUAACUUUUCAGUCAAUACCCUUACGAAGCCAUGAGAACCUAGUCAAGAUGGACCUGUUUAUUGUGCCUUCAUCAACCCUUCACAAGCAAAUAGUUUAGGUUGAUAAAUGACAAAAAGUUUGUCUCAAUAAUAGAGUUGAGAAAGAAACACUCUCUACCUCAGUAACUCUAUGAUUCUCUAAAAGCCCUUCUUAUAAAAUAAGUUUAAGUCCUUCUUCAUGGAUUUUCGGACUAAGUGAGAUCUAAUUUCUUGUUCAGACUGGAGUUUUAUAUGAUCUCACACAUCUUUAGCGAUGAAUGGGACUGUUUACUAGUUCACAAAUGAUACUAUUUGCUUUAGAAUACAGUGUUUCCUGAUCUCUCCAUUUUAUGCUUCUCUCCGAAAACUAUCAGAACUCUGAUUUUCUAUCUCUGUUAACUUUACUAUUGGGUAUAUUCUAGAAUAACUGAGAAAGUGUCUACUGCAGAUUUUUGAGACUAUCUUGUCAUCUUCCUCAUAUAAGACCCUGAGGGAUCAUUUUCUUUGGACGUAAACCUUUGAUAAGUUUCUCUCUGUAUCAGAAGCUCUUCAACCUCCCCCGAAUCAAUAUUUAGUUCCUCCAUAAGCUCCCUUAAUGAAUCUAUGCCCUUUUAUUCUUCUUCUUGAUUAGAUGUUUUCACUCAGAGUAAUUCAGCUACUUAGCUAGUUUGUCUUCUCAUGAGUUCUUCUUUGAGAAGACCGAUGAUUCUAUCGUGGUUCAAGUUCUCUCGCCAUCUCAGCUCAUAUUGGGGCUCCCUUAUGAACUACUGUCAGAUUCUUCUGCUUAUCUAGAGAGUAUCGGCCUUGUUGCUGAGUGCUUUGAGCUUAUCAGGUUUUAUUGAGUUUAGCAUUAAGCUUUCAGAAAGUCUAGGUCAGAACUGCCAAAUUCUAAUUCUCCUUGGAGUAAAUUCCCCUUAUGU